GAACAACCCAUCUUCAGUGCCAGAGCACACGUCUUCCAGAUAGACCCGGCCACCAAGAGGAACUGGCUCCCUGCCAGCAAGCAUGCAGUCACCGUCUCCUUCUUCUAUGAUGCCAACCGGACUGUGUAUCGCAUCAUCAGUGUGGGGGGCACCAAGGUGAGAUAUAAACCCUGCUGGCUCUCUCUUAGCAACGUGUCCUCAUUGCAGUAUGAUUGAACAGCUGAGUUGCACCAGUGCCGUGCACAGACCUUUUAAGGAGGCAGGUACAACAACAACAACAACAACAAAAAGGCACCCCCCACCCCCUCCUAAAUUUUUUUAAAAGACUUUCAGAAUUCAUAUCUCAAAAUGCUUUCCAGUUUCAUUGACUCACCCAACAAUGCGCAGCUCACUCGCCAGAGAUGGCCGAUGCGCUUGUACCAACAACCUAUCUCUCUUGUUUUACUUUGUAAAGCAAUGUUCGCUCAAUAGGCCUAUUUGGAAGUUGAUAAAAUAUUUUGGUAGCCUACAGCAGACAAAUAAGAUUAUUCUCUUUCCAGCAGGAGCCAUUUGUUUUUUCAACCUUCCCGCAGAUUGUAUUUGAAAUAUUGCGAAGGCCUGUUUUGUCUUCAUGCUGUUCACUGACAGAUUUGCUGUGCGUGCCUUGUUAUUGGGCUACAAACAAUCCACAGCUAGGCUAUUUUUUAAAAGGAGCUAUUGAUCCUCUGUGGCUAAAUGAAAGGCCUACUCAUGGUGUAGGCUAUUCUGAAUUAUUUCAUUUCUUUCUGAACAGACGGCAGUAAUUCUAUAACUUUGGCAAAUUUCAAUUUAUCAGGGGUAAUGCAGCACCUCCAGCACUCUUCCCGCGGCAAUGAUUCUAUAAGGAAAUAAAUGAAGUGCUGCUGCGUUUAGGCCAUCAGCCAACAAGACCGAAUAUUGAUGAUGUAAAUCAAGUGUUAUCAAGUGUUAAUCAAAUGUUAUGCUGCUGUGGCAGUAGUAGUACUGUUGAUAUUUAAACCAAGUAGCUUGCUACACACACUCGACCGGUGACCGUAUCUCGCCAUGCGAUACAGGGCGCGUGCAAUCUCCAUACAUGUGCUCCGUACAGGGCAGACCGACGGGAUGGGGUAGGGUGGCGAACUUGGGGGCAGUGGCUGCUUCCCAACACACACACACUCUUUAUAUGGGAGCUAGGCUGAUUUCGACUUAUGAGCAUGUAACAUUUAUAGUCCUGCCCCCCUGACAACUUGUCCUACAAAGGAUGCUUCAAUGGUAGUGAGCAAAACCACAUGUUAUUAGUCUUUUGCUAAGGUUUCUGACAGUACUGGAGCGAGUGGAUGUAUUCUUUCUGUCUACUUUCUUUGAUUAUUCACUGAGAAUUCAAAACAUGUCUUAUGUUCUCGCUCACUGAAAGGGUUGACCUGGUUAUAGAGGGAAACUGUGAACUUUUGAAACGUCUGCAAUUCAGUGCAUUUUGCACAAUAAUGCCUUUGUCUGAUCUGUUGGUAAUGUUUUUUGUUUAUUCUCUGUGGAUUCAUUAUCAGUAGGCCCCAGGCAAGGUGGCAGAAUCAUGCAGUGACGCGUGAAGUUUUGCUUUGUUGAUUAGAAAUAAACAGUUGAUUUAUGCCUCGGUCUCUGACAUACAUCACAGGCCAUCAUCAACAGCACCAUCACCCCCAACAUGACAUUCACCAAAACAUCCCAGAAGUUUGGCCAGUGGGCUGACAGCCGUGCCAACACCGUGUACGGCCUGGGUUUUGCCACUGAGCAACAGCUUCAGCAGGUUGGUCACUGCCAGUGUUUUAGACUGUUGAGCACAUUUCUAAUGUACUUGUUGACUAAUCGUUCUGAUAAUUUAAUUUCCUUUUCUCUGUAGUUUUCAGACCAGUUCAAGGAAGUGAAGGAGGCAGCACGUCUUGCCAGGGAGAAAUCCCAGGAGAAAUUUGAACUGAUCAACCCUGCGCUAAAUAUCGCCGCCCCACAGGUGAGGUCUGGAACUGCAGCUGCUCAAUUAGCCCCAUAA